UAGAAAGAGAAAUGGAGUCGAAAAGAGAGCAAGAGAGCUAUCAGAGAGAGGGAGUCAAACAGGUGGCAAUGGAAACAACGGUGGAGGAUGUGGUGAUAGUGGGGGCAGGGAUAGCCGGUUUGGCCACGGCAGUGGCGUUGAAGAGAGCAGGAAUUGAAGCGCUUGUGUUGGAGAGAUCCGAAGGGCUGAGAGCCACAGGUGCAGCCUUGACUCUAUACCCCAACGCUUGGCGGUCUGCUCUUGAUGCAUUGGGAAUUUCUCAGAAGCUCGCAACUCGUUAUCCCCCCACGCUCAAGGGACAUGUAAUUUAUCUUGACACAGGAGAAGUUCAAGAAGUUUCUAGACCCAUAACCAAUGAGGUUCCAGUUGGACCGAGAUGUUUACACCGGAAAGCCUUACUCGAGGCCUUGGCAGAUGAAUUAACAAUUCAUUCAGUCCGUUUCUCUUCCAAGAUCUCUGCUAUUGAUACCCAACAACAUGAAGGUUCAUCCCUUGCCAUUGUUCACUGGGAAAAUGGAACUAUCAUCAAAACAAAGGUUCUGAUAUAGGGUGUGACGGUGUGCACUCGGUGGUGUCAGGCUGGUUAGGGCUCGGUGAAUCAGUCCUUUCGGGUCGAUCAGCGGUUCGUGGAUUGGCUGUGUUUCCUCAAGGCCAUGGACUCGACCAAAACUUCCGGCAGUACAUAGGAAUAGGCAGAAGAUACACUACUAGAAUUUUUGCCUUAGACAUCGGCCAGAAACCGAUGUUAAAAAAAAAACCAUCCGAUGUCUUAGUGGGUGAUGUUAAAGAUCACAAACAAAAAGACAUCGGUCAAAAACCGAUGUCCAGUACAACAAUAGACAUCGAAUAAGCUUAUGGAACCGAUGUAAAACCGUUAUUAUGAUGACAUAUUAGUGUGUUUAGAUAUUGUUAAACCUUCAUAUUUUGGCAUUUAAUGCUUA